AUGUCGGAGAUAGUCUGGACUGCGGAAGGCUGUGCGCAGGACGGUACGCUCUUGGCUGGUGCAGAUCCCAAACGGUUUGUGUCUGUGGACAUUCCAAACCUUGGGUCCCCAGCACCCAAGGUUUCUGGAGGCUUCGAUGCCUUCUUGAAAGAGAACCCCCACUUAGAGUCCCAAGCCUACAACGAGAUCAAAAAAUGUGCCAACUGUGGCAAGCCAUGUGCAGUCACCAUGGAGAUUUGCAAUGCCUGUGGCGCGUCCUUGGCCGAAGUCCAGAUCUCCAAGAGCCCGAACCUGUUCAUCGCGUUCAUCUUCGGCGUCGACAAAGCGGGCUUCCCUCUGAAGAUCUCGAUGAGGUAUGAGACUGAGGAUGUCAUGGUAUUUGAUGAUCCCCUUGCGAUCACCCGUGCGCAUGUCCUGUCUGUGCCCACGAAUGUGUACUGCCCGGAUAUUCGAUCACUCUUCGCAGACCCUCCAAGCGCGAUAAAGCUGCUGAACAAGAUGGAGGAUGCAGCAUGGAAAGCACUAUGCGAAGGCCCGCUAUCCUCAGAAUCCUGGCGGCGGCAGGCCCUUUCCGCAGCGGGCAACGCAUUGCCGGUGGCUGACCUACGCCAUUUGAAUGCAACCGACCGGAUGUCAUAG